GUGUUAUAUCAUGAAAUCGUAUCACAUGCACGAGUGGUAAGCGCCUGCAUUCGCUCGGCAACAGAGGAGCAUCAAGGGCAGGUGCUACUGCAACAACAGCAAGAGGAAGAACAACAGCUGCAAUCGAUUGACAGCGGCAGCACAACAAUCGCAGAGCAAACAAAUUCAUCACUCACAUCCAACGAAGAGACAACUUUGCCAAUAGCAACAGUCAAUGAGCAGAGCAAACACGAAGUGAGCGGUGCUACGAGUAGUAGCUGCAUUGAAACUGCUGAAAAGUCCUCGUUCUCGCCUGAGUCGUCGUUGGUUCGAUCGAAUUCGGCAUCACCGGAAAGAGCAGCAGAUACUGAGAUUACUGAAGAUAGUUUGGAACGUUUGCAGAACCGUUAUCAUUUAUUAUAUUUGAAGGCCUUCGAGGUACAGCUUUGGUUGGACGGAUUGUUGCGCAAGAAAAGUUCAAAUACGAGCAUUUGUAACGCCGCCGGUUACAUUGAUGACAACGACAAUUGCCAUUCGUCCGACUGUGAAGAAGACGAGACAGCUGCAACAGAGGACGACCUAAAUAUACUCGGUUCGGGGAUCGAAAGCGAUCUCACACAUAAUUCUUCCUCAUUUGGGGAGCUACGGGAUUGCAUUGAUUUGGUUGAAGAGGGAAAUCACGGCGCCGAAAAGGGUGACUGCGAAGACGGUGACGACGAAGGAGAAGACGAGGACGACGACGAAGUUUCGUUUGGCCGUUCCCGCUUUGGCAAGCCGCCACGAGGCUAUAGCACAGUAUUGGUUACAUUUGAGAAACGCAGCAGCCUUGGUGGUCCAACACGACCAACAACGCUCACUGAUUUCGAGGCUGACUCUGAGAGCAGCGACUGGGAGACAACCGCGCAACAGGUGGUCACUCAGAAGUCAGACCCAAGUCAAUUGCAAUUAUUCAACGAAGAAAUUCCAACCAAUUCAAAUCAAAUCGUCACACCGCUAAACGAAGACGCAGGCAGUAAGAUCGCUCAAUUACCAUUUGAUAUUCACACCUCGUCCAGUGCAACAUUCGACACUUACCUGCAGCAAGAUGACAUCGACGGUUUGAUUGCCACUAAACAGCAUGAAAGCGCGUCAGUCCGCGCAUCGCCAAUUUCGAUGAAAACGAAAACGAAUAUGCUUAACGCAGAUUAUGAAAAUCGCAAACUAGUCUCAAUGAGCGCGUCAUCAGUGGCCGCCACAAUCACCACCACCACCACUGCCAAUGAAACUAAUGCCAACUCUGCGGGCACGCAGCCUUCGCAGAAACUUCAAACACUACACAAUAACACACCGAUCGGUCUGCCGAUCAAACAAAAGAGCAUCGCAAUCAUAUCACCGAAUAGUCACAACAAUAAAUCGCCGACCGUCUUGCGCAAGCGACACUCACAGCACCACACCGACAUCUCAAAGUUUAAUCGAUCGAAUCGUAAAUCGAAGAAUUGCGCCGUUUUCUACUUCAAACAUCUGGAUACGGACAACGAAACCAACUGCAGCAGCGUGGGCGACGCCGCUGAUUUUAACACCACAGCAGAUGGUUUAUCCUCGUCUAAUUCACAAACAAGCGAACAUCAUUUGUUGAAAUCGGCUGACGCGUCAUCUGAUGACGACGGCGGCUGGCUGUACUCGUCUGUCUUGCCGCCACAAAGCGAAGAAGGCGCUGGCGCAUGCGAUGGUGUAGAAAUCGACGAAAAAGGUAACAUCUGCAUCACAACCAUUGUCAUUGAUGGCAUGCAGUCGUCCGCCGUGACAUCCAGCUCAGCAUUAACUACAACACCAACAGCGAUCCGCGUCAUUAAUGACGACUCAGAUAAAGAGAACAAAGAAGCCCGCGCUGCCACACUGUCCACUGCCGCACUAACCACCUUGCCGGUGACGAAUGCUUGCGCACAAUCUUGCGACAUAAGCUCGCUGCCGUCCUCACAAAUUUGCACACAAAUCGCACACGCCGAAAUACAAUUGACCCCAGUAUCCACAACUUCGACAGCGGAAACGGCACUGUCUGCAGGUCGAUUUAAAGUGAAAAACUUCGCUGCCAGUGGUAGCAGCAGCAGCUACAGCACCAGAAGUAGUAGCUGUUCGUCGAACGAUCUGCUCACCGAGACGACAUCGGCCACUAAUACAACGCAAAUCACUCAAAUGCAUUUCCAGUGCGUGCAUCGCACCGAAAUGGAAUUGCAAAUCGACGCCAACGGUAAUAAACCCUGGCAUGUGACCGCCGAUGGUGCGAGCAGCGCUGUGACCACCAAUAAUUCCCAUAAAAAUAAUAAUAACGGUGAUGUUGAUAACUGCAAUGCAAGCAAUAACAACAAUGCCACUAAGAGGGACGACAAUGGAAAUCAUAACGCUAAUAAUAAUCAGAGUGUUGUAUUGCACCAACCGCAGAUGCCCCAACAAGCACUUACUUCAAGUGGAAAUAAUCAAAAGAGUGAAAUGUCUUAUUCCGUACACUGGCACCCUAAAACUGUCAUGGAUCCAACCAAUAAAACUGCAAUGCAACGUCAGCAAAUGCAGAAAAUAGAAAGUAAGACAGUUCUUUUACCUCCGCGCUCCCCAUUUAAACCGGAAAAAUCACUGCCGUCAACAGCACGAAGCGACAACUUCAGCCCAACUAAUGUGACAAAGAGUAAACUCUCGCAUGAAUCAAUCAAACAGCUGGUACUUGAAGCAGAACAUUUAGUACGUGAUGUCGAAGCACUAAAGACGCCUAAUAAACAGAAGCAAAAGCAUUCCGUCAUCAAAUUGUCGUCAACGGUGAAGAAACGAGAGAUCGCCAUGCCGGGUCCAAUCAAGCAACGUGUACAAGAAUGGCUGGAGCAUCAGCCAACAUCAUCAACUACCGUCCAGAGUCAUAGAAAUCCCAACGAGGAAUUGCAAAGUGGUGUAAAGUCCAAAGCGGGCGAUGACUGUGAAGCGUCGGGUGAAGCUUCGGAAACAGAUUCGGUUCCCCACCCUGGUUCCGAUACUUCAGAAGGGCUAACAGAAUCAAUAGCUACGUGCAUGCAGACAAGCACAAAUUCCUUCGGUGGCAACUCUACCGAAUGCUUUGCAAGUUCUGCAGAGCCCAUUGCCAGUUCAGCGACAGUACUCGGUUACGGCAGUAGCAACCAGAGCUUAAAUGUAAAAAUCGUCAAACGCUCUCAGUCACGACGUAAAUCAGAACGACCAUGGUCGGUAUCAUGCUUGUCGCAACUUACUACUGAAACAGUCCCAACAGAGACGAUUGCUCCGGUUGUGGGAAAUGCACAAACUGGACUUGCCACCCACUCCAUCAGCGAGUCAGCACUGGACUCUCUGUCGCCUGGUCGGCAACGUGUCUCUUCCUCGUCAACAAUAAAUGUCAACCAAGUGAAAGCGAGCAAUAGCAAGGGAUCUUUGAAACGUCGUAAAACUCGUAAGAAGAAAAUGUCAACCUCUGGCAAUUUGGGCGUUGUCGCGACGAACACGCACUCGGUGCUUAAGAAAAGCCCAGAUUCUGGCUCAGAGGACACCGCCGAGAUGCCCCGACUCACACAAACGCUGCUUAUGAAGUCUUGUGAGUCCAUGUCUACGCAACAAAUACGCGAAAUAACAAGCGCGUUAUUGUGCCUACAACGCGGUAAUGGCGCAAAUCUCAAUGAAGGUGCAUCUGGUAGCAAUAAGAGUGCCACACAAUACACCUUGGAAGAGUCCAAACAGCACGCUAUACCGCAAUCACAGAAAGAUAUGGGCGAGGGAGUUCCGUUGAUGAAACCCAAUUUUCGAGUGGGCUCCUACACCACGGCAUAUAUGCGCAACGAGAAGCGUUUGGGUUCGUUAGCCGCUUUAGCCACUUAUAUGAAUGAUGACGAAGAGGAGCAGCAGGGAGAAUACACCACUGGCACUGAAGAUCACCAUAGCAGUUUUUCAGAGACAGCUUGGGAUAAUUAUCAAGAAAAAUAUAACUCCGAAAAUUAUUCCGAAGGUUUCGAUUCGGAUGCAGCCAGGAAACUUAUGGAAUUCGGAGAUGACUACAGAAAUUUCAUCGAUUCGCAGUCAGAUUGCUGUUCGUCGCUGUCUGCUGCCAACAAUUUGGAUUCGUUGUCGCCACCACGUAUGGACUCGUUGCAACAAGCAGACACGAAAGCGAUCACGCAAGAUACAAUUGCUAACAGUGUGGACCACGCCAGACGUCGCCGUGCACUUGACUUGGAAUACGAGCGUAGACGUAAAACAUUAGAGGUUCGUCGUAAAUCAUGUCAAGAUUCAACUGAUGCACAAAAUACGCGUACUCCCGCCAUAUCGACAUCAUCUUCAGUCAACGCAAUUACACCCAGGAUCGGUUUUGAGAAAGCUAAUCAGCAAAGAAAAUCCGAUUCAACUGGUCGAAAAUUGGAAUUUGGUAUGAGUCAAUCGGCGCAGUCGUUGCGUCGCACUUCGGAAAGCGACACAUCAACUCGACGUCGCAAAAUUGACGAUCGGCGUCGCUCAUCGCGCAACCUUGAUAAAAGCAUCAAAGUCAUACCGGCCACUUCGUCGUCCAGCUGCGAUGACUCCGAUGAUGAAAAGGAGAUGCGUAAUUUACUACAACAAAGCAGAAAUCGUUUGGAAGACACGGAAGCCUUAAAGAUACGUUGUCACCUACUGCGUCCAGAGGAUUAUACGGAGAUUAUUAGCACUUGCCGUGACAACAUACGGUGUCUGGAAGCCGUACUACGUGGUCCGCCUGGCACAGUGCUGUCUGCACAGUGUGCCGGCCAGACAAAAGAUUUACUAGCGGCUUGGGAGGAUCUGCUGAACUGGAGUGAAAAUGCUGCCUCUGCCCGUAAGAUGCAGGAAGAGAUGAUCAUACUUAAGCACGCGCUUGGCAAAUUGGGUGAUAGUGGCACAUUUGAGCUACUGGAUACAGAGCCACAAAUACAAGUCGCCAUAGAGGCUUUAAAGAAUGAGAAAACGGAACUGCAAAAUUACCGCACAAAUAUGCUACGGCUUAACGCCAGUGUGCACAGUUGGUUAACACGCCAAGAGCGACGCUUGCAGAAUGCCAUAGCAGCGGAGCAAUUGAAAGAUGCUGGAAAAGUCGAUGUUGAAGCGCUUGGUAGCCCCGCCAUGCCCAGUGUCACUGAAGGAGAGGUUGCAAAGUGUUCAACACUUGUAACCAUAACCCAAGGGGAAACCGAUACAGUGACUACAAAUAUAAAUGAGGCUACAAAGAAGCUGUCUUCUACGAUUGGGACUAGCACUGUUGGUAGCAAUACAAAAGUUUUGGACAUACAAACGUUAAUAAACUCGGAGAACGAAUUCCAUAAGCAUUUGAAGAACGAAGUGAGUGGAAUGUACAGUGCAUGGGAUGAUGCUGACGCAAGAAUAAACACACAAUUGGAGACACUUACAAACUCCUUGCUGGCUUGGCGCCAGUUGGAAAGUGGUCUGUACGAAUUUCAGCAAGCGCUCGGUCAUGAUCGUGGCACGCUGAAAGGGCUGGAGGGCGCUCUAGAUAAAGGUCAAACAACGCCAGUGGAACUCGCACAGAAUGUGAAAGUCGUUGCUAAAUUACUUUCGGAGCGUGUAAAUGUCAGCGAAGAACAGCUCACUGCAGUGCGGGAACAUCUGGACCCGAACCACAUCUUACAUAUUGCAAAAUUCACUGCUUCAAAUGGUUCACUUUCGGAUUCCGGCAUUUCGGACGGUGGCGCAACUUCGGAUGGCGGCUUGUCUGAGCGUGAGCGCCGACUCGGCGUAUUACGACGCUUAGUGAAGCAACUUGAACAGGCUCUAGCACCUGGUAGUGAAGCAAUGAAAUCCAUUGCAGUGCGCAUGGAAUCAGCUGAAGCGGAACUCAAGAAUUUGCAAAAUACUUGUCGCGACUUGAUUGUGCGCACAGCUGCCUCGCACCAAAAUAAGAAAAUGCAACAGCAAUUGCAGAAAACCGAAGCACAACAACUACUCGUACCUGUAACUGAAAUUGGCGUCAAAGGCACUGAGAGCUCUAAAUCUAAUGGCAAUGCCUUUAGCAAAAGAGGAAGUCCAACUCAUGGCCAGAAUAGCGCUAUUCCAAGUAAAGCAGCAUCAACAAGAAAUGGCCGACAGAAAAAGCAGAACAAAAGACCUUCAGGGUCAGGUAACAAUUUGGAUAACAACAAUGACAGCAACACCAACAACGCUUCGGAUGCCACCGAAGUUCGUAGAUAUUUGUCUGCUGCUGCCCCGGACUCUGGUGACCCCGCUGAUGAUCCGGAUUUGGAAUUUGAUUUGGACACUGCAGACAAAAAGAAUGAUAAACUACCGCAUAAUAGUUGGGCUUGGCGCAUUGCAAAAGCAGCCGUGCCCAUGCAACUGGCGCUAAUAACCUUCCUAUGCGCCGCUUGUCUAAUGCAGCCCAACUGCUGUGACAACCUCAACAACUUAUCAAUGAGUUUUACGCCUCAAUUGCGCUACAUACGUGGUCCACCACCGAUUUGAGAUACUUGCUAUCGGUUGCUCCUUAGGCUAGGGUAGAAACUAACGUGGCGAGUCAUAAUAUGACCCUCCUGCUGCUCAAGUUGACAGCUUACCGUUUAAGAAGGUAUCCGAUGCACUCGAAAUUGGUUCAUAUUGUUGGGGAAAUUACAAACCCAAUCAAAUUUCCAAUUGCAAUAGAAUUUUUUUUAUUGUUUAGAUAAAAUCGAUACCUAAUAAGAUGCAAAGUGGAAUAAUUGGGAUGGAGUGGGGAUGGUAGAACACUUAAUUUAGAGGUGAAGGCAAUUAAAUUAUUUAGAUUUUAAAGGUAAUUGAAAGGAGAAUGUGAAACUGCAAAAAGCGUUUUGACAAACCAUUACCAGAAAUGGAUUAGUGUAUUGGUGUCACAAAUUCCGUCGUUAUUCUGAAUGUUGACAUCAUUCGAAUGAUUAUAUUGUAUGGAAUUUGUCAAUUUAAACGCAUCACAAUGUUGUGAGCACAAAACACUGCGGCAUAUUCCAAAGGAGUAAAGUUGUUCUAAAUUGCGCUAAGAUUACGAAAGGUUAUGAAUCACAAUUUAGCCGAUAGCUAAAUGUCUAUUGAGUUAGUAGAGCAAUAAUUAUUAUGAAAUUUGCAGAAAUUGUUGGGUGGAUAAUAUACAGCUACUUUUUUGUUUCGAAAACACUAAAGUGCCUGAUUACAUAUGGGGCCUCGCAUGGCUCAGUAACUUAUAUAUUUAAAAAUGUUCCUUAUGAAAUUACUUAUCAAACUAAAAGAGAUGGCAGGUAAAUUAAUUUCAGACUAUAUUAAAUGAAAACCAACACAUAUACACAAAUAUGAUGAAUUACAAAUUGAUGACUGACAUUUUACUUUGGAUGCCCAAUACCCUCAAAUUUGAGCUAUUUUGCAGUAAACGCUUGAAUUCCUUUCCUAUUAUAUUAAUAGGUGCAACAGCUGAAGCUCGCUUUCGGUGCACUUCAUACUUUAUUAAACAACUAAUUAGGUGUGAAUAUUGACAACUCUUAUUUAAAAAUGAGUUAAGCUAAUAAUUAUCCUACCUUAGUUGGUAUAUUUGAUUCUACAAGAAACAUUUCAUUUAUCUAUUCUACUUAUUCUUAUAUUUAGCUUACACUAAUUGCCGAUAAUUAUUCGGCAAAACAAAACUAACAAUCAUUUAAAUAUUUCUAUUACUUGAGAAUUCUAAUAUACAUAAUUACAUAUAUACAUUUAUAAACAUAUUUCUAUGGGCAAUUACAAAAAAAUAUAUAUAUCUAUAUAUACAAUAAAAACGUAUAUUUUACACGGAAGACAAAAAG